GAUGUUAAUUGUGUUUACAAUUAAUUGAUUUCCAUUUUUAUCUUCUUAAAAUACAAUCAAAUUACUUUUGAGAAGAUCAAUUUAAUUUACUUCUAUCGUUCUAAUAAUAUACUUAAUCAGUUCAUUUUUGCAAUAAGCUAAUUAUCAUUACUGUUGGUAACAAUUAAAGUAUCUUAUUAAUUGUCUGUUAAUUGUGAUCUAAUUGAUACGAUUGGUUUACUAAAGAUGGUUAACCUUUUAUAUUAAUAAUUUAAAUUGUUAUUUAACCUUUUGUUGUUAUCAACAGAUUAGAGAUUAAUUCAAUUGCUUCUUAUGAUUAAGAUCAUUAUUUUAACCAUUCAGUUGGUAGACUUAAUCGUAACUUAAUUAUUGUGAUUGUUGUUUUCACAAUUAGUAAAUCAUAUUUGACGGCCAUUUUGUUACAAUCACUUGGUUAAUCAAGAAGAUUUUGUGUUCCUCUUUUUUAAAUUAACAAUAUAACAACAUUUAAAUUGUCAACUAAUCACAAUUUGAUCUAAAUUGAUUAUUAUUAUAAUGAUCUCCUUUUUAUCAUUCAUAUUGUGAUUUUAGUUGAAGUUAAAUUAAUGAAUUGAAAUCAUUCGUUGAUUAAUUAACUUACCGUAAUUAAUGAUUAACUUGAUUUCUUUCAAAGUGUGUGGCCUCUUACAAUUAACGUUAACCAUCAAUUCAGGUAAUUUGGUUGAAUUUCCAACAGUUUCUAUCAACAAUUGCUCGAUGAUAAGUUGAUUGGAAAACUAAAUCGAAAAUAAGAAAUCAUAAUGUUCAAUCAAUUCCAAAUUAAUCGGAUUCCAAUUAAUUUAACAUCAAUUAAAUCAUCGAUAUUCUUGUUCCUGUGUAUCCAAUCAAUGUUAUCGUUCACGGAGGCCAAAGGUUCAAAGGAUAAUGAAGAUGGAAGUAAUAUAAUUGUUCUUGGUGCUGACGGGCAAUUAGCUACUUCUCGUUAUGUCCCUCGUAAAUCAGGUAAAGGUUCAAGUACGAUUAUAAUUGUUGGACAACCUGGAAUGAAUCAACAAAAUAAUAACAAUCAUCAGAAUAAUGAUAAUAAUGUUAAUAGUCAAGGACCAAAUGUACAAUCAGCAGCCUGGUCAAUGCCAAAUUCAAAUCAACAAUCAUUUUCUUCACCUUCAGCAUCUUCAUCAAAUAUUAAUCAACAUUUAGUGCCAAUUGGAUCACAAAGUUUUAAUCACCAAUCGAUAACAGAUAAUCAACAUCAACAUCAACAUCAACAUCAACAUCAACAACAACAAUCAACGUUAAUGAAUAACUGGCCACAUGAAUUAAAUCUAAACAAAGGUCAAAAUUGUGGCCAUGGUGGUAAUUGUGGGGGUGGUGUACAAACAAUCACAACUUUACCUCAAUUGAUUCCAAUUAUGGUUCCUUAUAUUAAACCAACUAAAAGGUCCAAAAUUCGUAAGUUAUCCUUAAUUAAUAAUCAGAAUAAUCGAGCAGCGGAGAGUCGACUUAAUUUUGCGAAAACAACUUUACAACAACACCAGCAGCAGCAACAGCAGCAACUACAACAACAGCAACAUCAACAUCAUCAUCAACCACAACAUCAACCACAACAUCAACAACAACAACAACAACAGCAGCAGCAGCAACAAUCAACAUCAACAGUUAAUCCACUGGAACCACAAAUAAUAAUCAGGAAAACUAAAAAUUCACCACCAAUUUUAAUUGAAGAAGUUAAAGGAAAUGAUGAGGGUCAUAUCGAUUACCAUGUAACGUCACAGCCCAAUUCGGUUACUCCACAGAUAACACAAUUUCCGUCAAAUUAUAACUUGGUAAACAAUCAACAGGCCAAUAAUCAUCAUGGAUCAGAAAUGGGAUCAAUUUACCCAUCAACAGUUAAUUCUGUUAAUCCUCAAAUGGUUAUUGGAGAUGAAGAUAAUCAUCGAUCGUCAAUGAAAAUUCAUUCUAAUGGUGGGACAACCAAUGGAGGUGGUUCGAGUGGACUUGCUGGUUUUCCAACAGUUAAUCAGAUUAAUCCAAUAAGUCAAAUGAGUCCAAUGAGCUCAAUUAAUAACAUCAACUCAAUGAAUUCAAUGGGAUCAAUUAACCAGUUAAAUCAAUUGAAACAAAUGAAUAAAAUGAACCAAUUAAAUGGGAUACAGAAAAUAAUUGUCAACUCAAAUGCACCAACCAUGAGUCCAGGUUAUGUAAGUACAUCAACAAUGAAUCAAAAUCCAGGCAUCACAAUUAGUGAACAUGCAGCUUCACCUUUUACAUACAAUGCACCAUUAAUGACAUCAACAUCGACAAUAAAUGAACAUAAUGAUUUCACAUUGAAAGGAACCAAAGAUAAUCCUGAAAAUCAGGAAAUCUACGAUGAAAAAGUUUUCAAUCAAUUCUAUGGAUUUGAUCAGAUUCCAUCAAUCGAUUUAGGUAAUUUACCAGGUGAAGAGCAUCUUCCAAAUCUAUUAUUUUCCAAUAAUCAUAAUAAUAACAAUGACAAUGAUGAUGAAGGAAAUCGUCGUAUUGAUCCAACUGAAGGUCUUUUAAAUCAAGAUAAUUUAGAUGAGCUUUCAUCUUAUGGCCCAAAGCGAAGUGGUUUAAACUCAUUAAUCCAACAAUCAAGGCUUAUCAACCAACAAAUGGUUCCAACGAUAAACAGUCAACCAUCACCCCAACAACAACAACAACAACAACAACAAUGGAAUGACGAGUUCAUACCAAAAUGGGAUGAAAGUGUAAAAGUAGAAAAGUGGUCACCAGAUGACCGAUCAAAAAACACUAAUCCAUUUAACUGGUGGUGGCCAUGGAUGUCAAAUCUACCACAGUAAAGAAACAAAGAAAAAAGGAAAAUCAAUAAAUCAUCUUAAACAAAUUAAACAAAAAGAUUAUAUUAAAUUAUCUUAUAAACAAUUAAAGAAAAAAAAAAUAAUCAAUUUUGAAUAAAAAUUUUGUUCUGUUGCCAUAGCAACCGAAUCAAAACAACAAACGAUUGUAGUACUUUUCGG